CUCAACUAUCUGCAAAGAAUACUUCGCUGUACAACGGCUAACACCUGAAAAUGUACUACAUCUUCUUCCUGCUCUGUUCGUUAGUGGCGGCCGUACCACUUGAGAAGGUCAGUUAUAAUACUUUGUUCAUCUGCUUCGCUUGCCAUUUAAAUUACUCAUUAAAAUAUCAUUUAUAUUCACAGCGAAUGGAAAGAUGUUUUUUAUGAUCUAUAUCGAUCUUUUUAUGUGUGAAAUAAGUUAUUAUUGUUAUAUUAUUAUUAUUUUUAUUAUUAUUAUUAUUAUUAUUUAUACUUGCAAUAGUUUUUCCUUACAUUUCUGUAAUUAUAAACUUGAAAUGUACGAUUUUCUUUCAAAAUUUGUAUAUGAUCAGUUAGAUUUCUUCAAAUGGCCAGUUGCAUCCAACCCUAUUGAACAUUUAUACACCAUCUAAAUAACCAGUUAUUUUAGAAACAAGUUGACCACUAUAACAUUUCAAUAUGACCACCUACUGGCUAACAAGUUGUAGAAAUCACUUAUUGAAAUUCCAGUUAUAAGUAUUAAAUAAUGAUUAAACCAAGUAUCAAGACUAAUUGAUAUUACUAAUUGAUUAUAUGUUUGUAAACUUAAUUCUUCAGUUUAACUAAAAUAAACUACCACAAAUGAUAUCCGAAUAGCAUUGAGUCUAAAGGGACCCAGGUCCGAAUAGCGGCGAUGCGUUUCAGGUUUCAUUUUGACUAAAUGCUAUUCGGAUGUCAUUUGUGGUCGUUUAUUUUAGUUAAACCUAAGAAGUCCAUUCAAUUAUCUUUCAUUUGAAACCAAAUUUUGUCUUACAAACCCUACAAUAAUAUUUAAAUAUUGUUUGAUAAACCCAAACUUUAACUUCUCGGACCCGGGUCCGAAUAGCCGCAGCCAUCACGAAAUCACAGUUUAGACUAAGCCUUGUACUUAGACUUAAAACUGGAACAUUCUUUGAUCCAGAGAUAUUGGCACUGAACUAAACCAGAAACUCAGACAAAAAUGUAGAUGUAAUGUAUGUAUAAGAAAUCUACACCAUUCGGGAUUGAUAUUCCAGUAAACAAUAAUAUACAUUUGAAAUUAAAUGACGAUAUUGAUAUGCUUCCAUAUUCACAAUCAGUAAAUAUGUUGUAAAAUAAAAUAAACAAAUGAAUGUUAGAUAUCUACCAUUAAAUGUGUUGACUAUUACAACAGAGACAAGAGAAGAGUGACGUCAGCUUGUUGGUAAACAAUUUAAAGGCAACUGUCGCCAACCUCGGCAAAGGUAAAUAUUUCUAAAACCAUCAGCAAUUAUAGCAUUCAUUGGUUUAAAAAACAUAAAAAUAAAGUAAUGUAGAAACCAUAAAAUUAAACGAUUCUGAACAUUCAAGAAAUUUGUCAGUUUGAUGUUCAUGAAUUAACGUCAUACACUCUUUCAAUAGAACUGUCAAAAAAAAAGCUAUUCCUUAGAAAUGUCACUCAAAAACUAUUCCUUAGAACUGUUUAUCAAAAACUAUUCUUUAGAACUGUCAAUCACAAACUAUUCCUUAGAACUGUUUAUCAAAAACUAUUCUUUAGAACUGUCAAUCACAAACUAUUCCUUAGAACUGUUUUAUCGCAAACUAUUCUUUAGAACUGUUACUCAAAAACUAUUAAUUAGAACUGCCAAUCAAAGAGUACUCUUUAAAGGUGUUACUCAAAAACUAUUCCUUAGAACUGUCAAUCAUAAGUAUUCGUUAGAACUGUCAAUCAAAAAAUUUCCUUAUAACUGACAAUCAAAAAACUAUUCCAAAGAGGAUUCGUAGGAACUUGAGGAUGGCUAAAAAAAAAAGUUGGCACAUUAAAAAAGUAGACAGAUAUUUUUAACAAACCAAGACUGAGAUUCAGUGUAUUUCUUAAGACUGGUGCUUUCCUUUAAACGUGUAUAAUCAUAAUCAGGAGAAAUGACUUUCUGAUUAGAAUGCCAUACAGCAAACCAACGGUACAUAAAGAAAUGUGAGUCACAUGACACAGAGUCAAAUACUUGAUAGUGACAUAAACGCUAAAACGCACGUGCUAUGGUUUAUUUUUCUUUUAACUUUAGUGCACUAAGGUAAUAACAUUUAUACAGUAUACAGUAAGGUAAUAGCAUAUAUACAGUAUACAAUAAGCAAGUUGAUUACUUCGUGCUGCUUUUCUUGUUGACACGGUACACAUUCGGUUCAAAUACCAGGGUCAUGCGCAACCCUAUACCAUGGUGGUCUAUGCUUCCGGUUUUGUCCACUCUAACAGAACGAGUAUAAAUUUAAAUGCAUGUCCGCAAAAUAUGUGUAUGUCCUUAAAUAUGUGUAAGUAAUAGUCACGGAGUCAAGUCGGCUAAAGAUUGUCUUGUGAAGUCGGCUAAAGAUUGUCUUGUGAAGUCGGCUAAAGAUUGUCUUGUGAAUUCGGCUAAAGAUUGUCUUGUGGCCAUCGAUUUGUAAAAAAAAAUGUACGCGCCAUUCUGAAUGCACUCUUCAUCAUUCAAUUCAUCUCAUUGAUUAAUUUGUCUAACUAUGAUAGUCAAAAAUUAUGUCAAGGCGUAUCGUGUCCAACAAUUACGACCAACUCAACAUAUGACUUAUCUUGUCAGGUGUGCCCACUAGUGAUCUAAGCAAGGCCAUCACUGACAUCAUUGCUCUAGCUGACGUCAUUAUAGCAAGCCCUGGAGCCAAUGGUAGGUUUGCCUUUUAAAAUGCAUUGGUACUUUAAGUCCAUGAACUUGGUCGACUCUUAUAAUUGUACAUAUUUUUGGCUUACACUUUAUGUGGUGUUUAAAAAAUUUUUCUUGCUCUCAUUGAAUAGGAAUAUUGAAUCAAUGCUAGAGAACAAACAUAUCCUGUACACCAGCCUUGCUUUGUAUUGUAAAACGCUCACAUACUUCCCCAGCUGACAAAAGUCAGGUUGACGAAGUCAUCUCAGCUACCAUUAAAACCAUCAAGAACCAUGCAAAGACAGGUGAGGUUAACAUUUUUUUUAACCAUCAAGAACCAUGUCAAGACAGGUGAGGUUAAAAAAAAAUUUAAACCACCAAGAACCACGCAAAGACAGGUGAGGUUAACAUUUAAACUUUUUAUAAUCAUGAUAAAAUAGGUUUGUUUUUAAAUCAUUGACAUUCUCUAAACCAGCGUAUUCAUAAUCCUACCAUAGUGUCGAUAAAUAUAAAAUCUCUAGCUAUCAAUACCUUAUUAUUUAUCAUAGUAAAUUUCUAUUUGCACAUCUAAAUUGAAAUAGCUGAAAUUUGUGACUACAGUUGACGUCCCUUUUGAGAUCUUUCUUUGGAUAAAUGCCCCCCCCCCCUCAAAUCUCUGGAGACCUCUCAACUCUCCCACACCUUGUGACUUUGUUUUGACACAGUCGCUUUGAUUUGUGGACCUUGACCAACGAAUGUCAACUUUCCUGAUGUAGUACAAAGGGAAGCUCAUAUUUUCCAACCUAGCAGUGGUCCUUAUGGUGAUCUCCCAUUAGUUAGGUCAUUGGGGAUAACCGUAACAAAGUAAUGCCGUGUUACUUGUCAAACAUUUGUAUGAAAUUAAUACUUUUCACAAAGCAUUAAACAAGUCAACAAUUAAAUUUCAAGUUCGAAACAUUUAUCAAAGUUAAUAUUUUCCAUCUAAUAUUUUGACGGCAUGGACAAUUAUGUUAAUUUUUUUUUUCAAUGAUACGAGUAGGCUGCUAGUUUUGUUUUUUUUUUUGUUGAUUUUUUUGCUUCUGAUAUUUUAUGAUGUCUUUGUUCAUUUCAUAACACUCACAGCUGAACUGUGUUAAGACAUUACUAAGACGUUGUCAUGUAUAAAGCUCAUAGUUUAGAACUCACAUCCUAUGAUUAGGAACAGCUACAAUGAAAAUUAACCUUCAGCUAUAUUGUAGCGGUAUCCAAGUAAAAACCAAUGGAUCCUCAGAUACAAACCGAUGUUAUCUUAGAUAAAAACCAAUUUUACUUUAGAUGCAAACCAUUGUUAUCUUAAAUACAAACCAAUGUUAUCUUAGAUAAAAAAACAAUGUUAUUUUAGAUACAAACAGAUGGCAAACAUGUCAGAUGACAAAUGUCACAAUUUAAAGCUAUGUGUAAGCAUGACACAAUCACUGAAAAUAAAUCAGAUUAGAAAAGCCCAGAUUACCAAAGCCCAGAUUACAAAAGCCCAUAUUACCGAAGCCCAGAUAGAUAACCGAAUUCCGGAUUUUAAAAGCCCAGCGACCCAAGUCGUGCAGGUUAAAUCUAAUAGUUCCUAGAUUUUCUGGUUUACAAAGGUUCAUCUGAACUCUUAAUAGUGUCCCCUUGUCUGAUAAAAAGGUCUAAAUUCUCAUGAACCAUCCGUGAACUUAUCUACCAUUAAAAGGUAUUUGCCAAAUGAAAAGAAAAAAAAAAUAAUAAUAAAGAUAAAUUUUUUUUUAUUACUUUAUAAAGGUAAAUUUUUUAACUUUAGAUUAAUUUUAUUUAUUAUUAUUAUUUUAUUAAUUAUUUGACAGUACAUUAAUUUUUUUAAUCUAAAUUGGUGUUAAUGUUUAUUUGAAAUCUUAUUGAAGCGAAGAGUGACUGUUAUCCCAGGAACCUAGGACUAACUUUUGAUUUUGCUUGACCUAUUUCCAGGCAAACUAUCUGCCAGAAUGUGGGAGCUGUCACGUGCCAUCAUUUUGUUGUCAGAUCUUGCCAACGACUUCACUUUGCUAGCAGGUAAUACAUUAUUUAUUAGUGUUAGAGAGUAACUUAGGAAUAAACAAUAAAUUAAAGAUCAUGUUUAAAGUGUUGAACGUCAUAGAGUUCAACUUAUCACUCAUGUCAUACUUUUCGUGGGAGGCAAAUUCUCAUUGUAACGUGAUUUAUAUAGGAGUUCACUAUUUAAAAAGUAUUAUAAUGUGUUCGCCUAACCUUAAACUCAAUGUGGUGUCCUGUGGAAAUCUUACAUUUUUAAUAAAUUUCUGUGUAAAUAACAAAAUAAUGAGAGCACACAUAAUUUUAGUAGAAGUGUUUAGUAUUUGUCCCUACACACUUCCAUUAUGCAUUGAUGUUCCUUUAGAAUGCCUGCUGUCUCAGGUCAAUAAACUACUAGGCUGGUUUGAUAUUGAAUGUAGAGAUACUGUCAAAGAAAGGAACAGUAGUGUAGGUUUGUUUGAUAAUUAAGGCAUAAAGAUACAACUAGAUCGUGCAGAAGGAAAAGUUUAACAAAAUAUGACACCUUUAAAAAAAAAAAACUAAACACAAUUCGUGUUAUUAUUUUGUAAAACUCACCCACUCACCCCCAAAUUGUUUUUCGCUACCCCACCUUCACUCCAAUCUCAACUUUUCCCCCCUUUUCCCCUGCUCAAGACACCCAUAGCCAUUAACCUUCAUACUGUCAAUAUCAUUAUGCUCAGAUGACGAUGAAAAACUUUACAAAGCUGCAGUUGCCGUCAAGGCCACGGGUCAGGCUAUUCUGGAGAGCAUCCAAUUUCUUGGUAAGAUACAAAGGAAGGAAAUAUUCUAUCACUUAACGUCUUGUCAUAUCCCCCCCCCCCGGUAAUUUUACAAUAAUUUCUGGUAUAAACAUAAAUCUGAACAUAUAUUUAUGACGAAAGCCACUUUUUUUUUUUAAAGAUAAGCUAAAAAAAGAUGCUCUUAUUGUUUCAAAUAAAUGGAACUUUGUUUUGAGUUACUGUACUGUAAAUACUGUGUUCAGUCUUGAAAUUCUUUGACUGGUUUAUGUUAAAAUAUCUACUUCCGAGAUUUCACUUCAAUUUAACAAUUGGGGGAGGGGGUGCACCUAAAUUUAACCAUUUGGAGGGUUUCACCAUGCGCUCUUUAUUUUAAAAACAAUAUGACUCACCACUUAGACUUUAUGCCUCACUGAAAAUAAAAUAGAUAUAUACAUUUUUUUCAGGUGAAGACCAAAUAAGUUUUGACGUAAGCCAGAAAGAGAAGAUUAUUGAGAGCGCUGAUAAGCAAUAUCAACGGAAUAUGUGUCUAAGCGUGAAUAAUUGUGAACUAAAGUCUUGAUCUGACAUUCUUGUGUAGGUUUGGCUGUAGAGACAGUGGCGGAUCACUUCACAGAAGAACUGAAGGAUUAAUUUACCGAGCAGAAUUAGAACAUAAAACUGUUUUAAUCGUUUCCUUUAUGCUACGUCCCCAUUAGCCGGUUAAAUAUGUCAGAUUGAUAAGCAGGAAAUACGCGAAACUAAUGUUGGCAAAUUUUGAGAAAAGACGCAACAAAACAUCGAAGAGUUCUUCAGUGUAACACCCCCCCCCCCUUUUUCCACCCCGAUUAAAAAAAAAGAAGGGAAAAAAAAAGCAAUAGCCUACAAUGUAGUGUUACAGAGAAUCUCUCGAAUACCCCAUUGCAUCGAAAUGUUUAUUUUACCUAACCUGAUUGCAGUCUAUCCCCUUUUAUAGCCUUGAUAAAGUAAGGGAGAUUAUCAAAGCAGUCAUUAAAUGCCGCGUCAUGUUCAAAUUCUAUUUCACCGUUACAAUCAAAACACUGCAGCUCAACAGUUUCAUGAGUCAAAUCCUUUGUCAGCAUGUCACGAUUCCUUGUGGUCACACAACCCUGCGCUGCACCGAAUGCACAAUCCUUUGACGUGGUCCCAUCACCUAACGUCACCCCUCCACCAAUAGCCCUCAUGUUUUCUAGAGUACUGACGUCAAAACUCUCAAGAUCUCUACCAGACGGCGUUGAUGAUGAUUUAGAAAAAUCCCAGUCACCAGUUCUAACAAAUUUACCCUGAAUUCGCCGGGUCAGGUUUCGUAUCGCUGACUUGAAUAUCUUACUAAGAACCAAUUGGCUGACAUUCAACCGAAAUUCAUUUUCGCUACUUUUGUCGCUAACAUUCCUUGCGCCAUUAAAUUGAAUUAGGUUAACACUAUGAGCAUGACUUUUGUUUACAAUCAAGGUAGCAUUCCUUUUAUGCCUAUUAUUUAAGACGUUGGUUAAGUUGUAAUGAGAACUCAUGUUGACUUUUGUAUUAAAAGA